GUUUUUUUUUUUGUCCAUGUUUCUGUUUAUAUAUUAUAAUGCUUUAGCAGGUAUCCGCAUUAAUUGCAAGAUACGAAGUCAUAUGUAUAUAUAUAUAUAUAUAUAAACGUUUGUUAUCACAGAGUGUAAUCGGUAAAGCUUAUUCAGUAUACGUCAGUUGAGACCAGCAGAAUGUCGACUUACUGUGGCGUAAACCAGGAUAUUUAUGAUUACGCGAAGAAAAAAAAUGCUAUUAUCGUCGAUUUACGAAGCGACACGUUUACGAAGCCAACUGCGGCGAUGAGGAAAGCUAUGUUUGAGGCAGAAGUAGGGGAUGACGUUUAUGAUGAAGAUCCUACGGUAAAAGAAUUGCAAAGAAAGGCCGCGGCGUUACUUGGAAAAGAAGACGCACUGUUUGUUACUUCCGGUACGAUGGGAAACUUGAUCGCUGUUAUGAAUCAUUGCGAUGUACGUGGUAGCGAGAUCUACUGUGGAAAUGAGUCGCACGUAUUCCUUCACGAACAGGGUGGCGCGGCGCAGCUAGCCGGAGUGAGUCUCUGUACUCUGCCCAACAACGAGGAUGGUACGUUCGAUUUGAAAAGUCUCGUAGACGCGAUUCGCUUGGACCGAUUACACGAGCCGAUUUCGAAGCUAGUUAUAGUGGAGAAUACAAUAAACGGAAAGGUUGUACCCCAGUCAUGGAUUGAGACAUUGGCAAAAGAGGCGAAGAAGCACGAUCUUAAGAUGCAUUUGGACGGGGCAAGACUAUGGAAUGCUUCGGUCGCAUCAAAGAUUUCAGUGAAGGAUCUAGUUGCUCCGUUUGAUUCGGUAACUUUUUGCUUGAGUAAAUCAUUGGGCGCUCCCAUAGGAUCUGUGCUCUGUGGAAGCAAGAGUUUCAUCGAUAAUGCGAGGAGAAGGCGCAAGGUGCUGGGCGGAGGUAUGCGACAAGUCGGUGUGAUCGCCGCGGCCGGGCUCGUCGCCUUGGAAGAAACAGUGCCACGAUUGGUGGAAGAUCACAGACGAGCGUUGACGAUCGCGCAAGCGAUCAAUCAAUUGAAUUCUAAGAUAUUCAGUGUAAAUAUGAAAUUAAUGCACACUAAUAUGGUAUUCGUGGAUGUAAAUCUUGAAAGCGGCAUCUCCGCCACGACUUUAAUGAAGAGACUUCAUCAGGUGAACGAUCCUUAUGAAGACGACAAGAUCAUAAUUAGAUGUCUAGCUCUCACAGAAAGAUUAUUGAGAAUGGCUCUUUAUUAUGAUAUCGAUGAUACGAUGAUGACUGCUGCGAUACGCAAAUUAAGAUAUGUCAUCAAGCAAUUGGAUCCCCAAAUAAAAAUUUAAACUUUUUUUUCAUAAAGUCCUUUAGGAAGCGCUAAUUAUAAAGAUA